UGGCUAAAGACUGAGCUUUAUGUAUGGGUAGGAGUAACUAGUCAAUCUUUUGCUAAAGAAGUGUUUCACCUGUUACUGGGUCCAAAGGUUAAAUAAGAACAAGGUGUUCCUAGUUGCUGCACUAUUCCUUAUCCAUGUGAAAGGCAGAGCUGUAAUUCGCAUAAACAGGCUCCGUGCAUAGGCUGCAAAAAUGAAAAUACUUUUGCUGAUGAUAUGGCCUGGAAUAAUCUCUGUUGUAAAUGCACAGCAAGUUAAUGCACAGUCAUUAUCUAACGAAACAGUGCUUUGCACAGACAGACUUAAAUGUAAAGGCCUAGAAAAAUAUUCUAACUGGACAAAAGUCCACAUAAUUAUGAAUAACAUUACUAGCUUACCAAUGAAUUACUUUUGUGUACUAAACAAACUAGAAAUGUUAAAUCUCAGCCACAACUCAAUUCAAACUAUAAAUGAAGCUUCAUUUGAAUGCCUGAAAUACCUGAAGAUUUUAGAUCUCAGCAACAACAAAAUCUCAUUGUUCCCUUACAAUAUUAAAUUGCCCUUUCCUGCACUACAAGUCUUACAUCUUCAUAACAACAGGCUAACAAGCCUGGAUAUAAGAGAAGCUUUAAAAGAUUUAAAAAGCUCUCUAAAUUUAACAAUAAGUGGAAAUCCUUGGAAUUGUACUUGCUCCAUGAAAAAAAUGUUAAACUGGUUUAACAACAGCACAGUCAAACUUGAAGAUAAACUUAUGACAAGGUGUGCCUCUCCUAAGAACACAACAAUUGAGGAUAUAUUCGCAAAAAUGAAUUGUGGAGACACAAGUUCUACAAAAGUUAUUGUUUCUACAACAGCUUUGGAUAAAACAAAAAAUACAACAGAUUUUCAACCUGAAUCUUUCAACAGAACUACCAGUAUGCCGAGAAAAGGAAAUAGCUGGACCUUCUUGGUAGGAGUGAUAGUUGUUGGAAUUGUUACAUCCUUAGUGAUAUUAUUUGCUGUGAAGUUCCCAAGAUGGUAUGACUACCUGCUUAGUUACAACCAUCAUCGUCUGAAGGAAGAGACACCACAUAUGUUUGAGGAAGAAUUUAAUGUGGAUAUUGAUCUAAGCAACGAUGGAAAAAUCUGGGAAGAAGAAGAAACAGUAAUAGUAUUUGAACAAAAGCUUUCUUUUGUGCCUGAAGAUGAUGGAUUUUUUGAAGACAAGUACAUUGAUGAACGUGAUUUAAGAGCUGAGAUUUAAAAUGAAAGACAAACAAUUUUGUAUAUAAGUAACUUUGUACAUAUGUGCCAAAUCCAGAAGCCCGAAUUUGGGAAGACCAUCCAUAUAAAACAAAAUAAGUAAAUUUUUUUAAAAAUGUUUUCCUUUUUAUCAGUUAUAAGACAGUACCUUGUACUUGAUGGUAACUAAGCUUCAUAAAUUCAUCAUAUUUUACAAACUGCAUUUUCCCAUUUCUCCCUCUAGAAAAUAUUCUCCAUCCCAUCUUUGAGAAAUUCAGUGCAACUCAUGAAAGGAUUAUAAAUAUAGUACAAUUUCAAGUUAACAUUUUUUUUUUACUGGUGAUUUUUCUGACCUAAGCAAAUAAAAGCAGAAAAGAUGUUUUAUUUGAAUUGCUCAAAACACAAUUUUUCGACUGCUAAUACCAGGCUUUUGGCACAACAGCUUUGAAAGGCACAGGGUCAGUCGUAUAAACUGCAAAAGUUUUCAGAGGAUUCUGUUUUAUUAUACAUCAAUUCAUAUUUAUUCUCCUAUAAAUGGUUAGCAUUAACUGAGUCUAUUAUAUAGUAAACUGAAUAUUUUUUAGACUACAUUCUAAAAUGUAGAUUACUGAACUUUUAAAACAACUAAAUAAUAUUACAGAGGGCACAAUAUUUUGUAUGACAGGGGACUGUCUUAAAACUUGCAGGAGGUGCCAAAGUAGGUGAAAAUGGCCACAAGCAGACCCAUAACACUAACUUACCGUACUAUAUAUACCUUACUAUUAUCUUCACAGUAAAGAACAAGUUGCUAUUAGAUGUGCUCAGUACAAAUGUAUUUUAAUUUAAAUUUAGAAAAUGUAUUUUGCAAAAUGAUUUGGUCCAUGAGUUGUUGAUAUCAUUUAUACAGCUGUAGACGAUUUCUCCAAACUGAAAUGUACUUUAUAUAUAUUUAUUUUAAAAGAUUUACAUAUACUUAAAUACGUGGCAGGUCACUGAAAGUACAAGACAAGUGGUUGACAGCCCAGUUUCCAUUUGUCAGUGGGGUUAAUGGGAUUGCUACCAAAAACAUGACUGAUAUUUAUGAAUAUAAGAAAGUAAGUUGACCUCCUAACUUGGUAAUAAAUUGCUAAUUCAAAGGUUAUGAUGGUUCAGAAAACCCCACAUGGCCUGAGUUAUUCAAAACAGCAAUAGAAGCAUGCCACCACUUAUAGUUGUAGAAUUACUUAUACUAGAUAUACCAUGACCUGGAUGAAUGAAAAUCUUCAUAGUUGUAAGUGAAGUUUAUUUUGCUUAACUAAUAUCACAGAGUAGGAAUUAGAAUUAUUUCUUAAGGUGACAGGUCCCCUUUAAGUUAUAAACUUUCAAUUUUUGAAUGUCUGUUCCAUUGGUUAUCUGUGAUACGUGGUAGUUUGCGAACCCUUUAAAAGUUUCUAUAUUUUUAUAUGAAUGUGACCUUAAACACCAUCUGAUUUUCUAACAAGUCUUAAAAGUAGAUGAAGAAAACCUUGUUAAACAAAUUAAACUAAAAGUAUUGUA